AUGGAUAACACAACACGUCCAUCGACAAUUUCACCGGAAUUUUCACUCUACGCAGAAAAAAACAAUCUCUUCGAGCUCUUUCAGCGAUGUACGUCAUCAUUGCUUAUCGAUCGGCCGGAUGAUCCGUUGACAUAUCUAAUUGAUUUGCUUAACAAGGAUUUCGAUGCACCGAAAAUCAUUAUUCUUGGCCCACCGGCGUCGGGCCGCCAUACUAUUGCAAAAAUGUUGCAGAAGAAACUCAAUGCAGUUGUAAUCGAACCGAGCAAACUUCUACAAAAUAUUCCACCGAAAUUCAAAGAUCAAUUGCCGCCGAAUGCAAAUUCCAAUAAUAUCUCUGCAUCGUUCUGGGCAGAGUUGUAUGAGCAUCGUUUCAAAGAUUUCGAUUGCUUUCGUCAAGGAUGGAUCCUAGUCGAUUUCCCCGCUAAUCGAGAGCAGACGUUAGCAUUACAAUCAAGAGGAAUCUUUCCGAAACAUGUCGUAUGUUUGGAAGCACCGGAUACUGUUUUGAUCGAACGCGCUGUUGGAAAACGAAUUGAUCCGGAAACACAAGAUGUUUAUCACAUAACAUGGAACGUUCCAAGUUCACAUAUUGUUCAAGAACGCUUAGUGCAAUUAGAAGAAAACUCUGAAAAGCAAAUGAUUUUACGUCUAAAAGAGUAUCGAAGAAACAUCGAUGGUGUGAAAGAUUGUUUCAAGUCAAUUCUACGUGCAAUCAAUGCUGAUCAACCGUUGAACGAUAUUUUUGCUCAAGUUCAUUCUUACAUCAGCCGAAAACCCCGCUCAGUCGUACCACGUACUCCAAGGGUUGUUAUUCUUGGACCAACUGGCAGUGGACGGAAGACAGUGGCAAUAAAAAUUUCACAAAAAUACGAUAUACCUCUAAUAUCGAUUCCAACGUUGAUCAAACAACAAAUCGCCAAUAAAACAUCUAUCGGUAACACUAUGAAGCCGUAUGUAGCUCGACAAUCAUUAGUUCCUGAUGGUUUACUGAUGCAAUUAAUUCGAGAACGUUUGAAUCAGAAGGAUUGUACUACAAAAGGCUGGAUUCUAAUUGGCUUUCCUCGUACACGUGAACAAGCAGAAAGCUUAGCACGCACAUCUAUUACUGCACCGAAUCGAAUUUUCUUUCUGGACAUUCCGCUUGACGUGGCUUUGGAACGGUUGAGUCAACGAUCAUUGGAUCCCAUCACUGGCGGUCGUUAUCAUUCGCAUGAUCAUCCUGUCUCGAGUAGUGAGAUAAAACGACGUUUAGUUCAACAUCCAACUGAUAAUAAUGAAAUCGUACGAAAACGUUACGAAGAAUAUAUGAUUUAUCACGAUGAAUUGCAAGAAUUCUAUUCCCAACAGGACGCCAUUCAUGUUCCUGCCGAUCAAGAUGCUUACACUGUCUUCGAAGCGAUCGAAUCUGGCAUUCUAAAUCCACUAAGUAAAGAUGAAUACUAG